AUGAUGUAAGGAAAAUAUGAAGAUGCCUUAAAGUAUAUGCAAAAAGCAAAUUUAUUAAGUGAAAAGAAAAUUACUGAAUUGCAUGUAUAGUUUUCUGGUAUUCAAUUUUAUGAAUUUUUGAAUCAUAUAGUUUAAAUAAAAUAAAGUAAAUAAUUCAUGAAUAUCUAUGCUGGUAGGAAAUAUUAAUUAGCUAACAUAAUCUAUAAAUAUUGCUAAAAGUAGCAAUUGGAGUAAUCAAUUAAAUUUUAUGAGGUAAGCUUUCUCAAUAAUACUGAUCAUAAUGGAUUUAUAAAAAACUAUUAAUAAUAAAAUAAUCAAGAAACCCAAUUUUCAAAUUAUCUUUCUAGUGAACAUAAUGAGGAAAAUAAUAAUAAUUCAUUAAACUUACACACUAGCUCAGCAAUCCUAAAAAGAUCCUAUUUUUAUUCAAACAAAUUUUAUUUAAAAUAAAAACAUGGGCACAAUUAUAAUAAAUUUAAUAAUUAAACUAUAAUUCAAACUUGUCAAUUUUAAGAAAAUAAAGCUCUUUUAACCUAAGCAAUUGAUUUAUUGCAAGAAGCUUCUUUUGUUUAUUAAGAAUUUUAUCUUAGAACAGAAUCUAACCUAUAAAAAGUUUAUUGA